CUUGUGUUGUGGAGGAUGUAAGAGACCGCUAGCUAGUUCAUGGUGAGGUUCAGCGUCCUUGUCUCUCUACGGUCAGCUGGAUUCUGAUCUCUUAUUUGGGUACUUUCAUCAGAAAACAACACAUUAACUCUAAAACUACACUGAAGAAGAAGCGGCCGUUUACAAAUUAUGUGGAUAAAAUAAAAGAAGCUCCAGUGUGGAACAAGAAAAAAACUCGCGGAUGGCUAGCUAGCCUGCUGGCUAACAGCCCAGGAGGAACUGCACGAGAACAGUACAAGGACAUCAUCAGUAGAACUCAGGAGAACGAAUAACAACACGUACAAGGCUUAAGUGCAAUUUACCCAUUCAAAUAAAGUUGCGGAAACGCAAAGGAAUGGAAGAUAUUCGAGUAGAUCUGUGAGUAGAGAAACAAUACAGCGAGCAAUAGCGAGUUGGUUGAUGGGUUAGGAAGUCAGUUGUCAUACGUCAUCUGCAGAGCAAUCGGAAGGCAGACAUGGAUAGAUAGUGCUGCUAGACACUUAGAUGUGUUGCCACCUACAAUAUGUAUAAUCUAUAAACAUCAGAUAAAAUCAAUUACCAAAGGCAAGUGAAAAUGGAAGUGGAACUUGGACUGUCUGCGAAUAGCAUAAUCUUACCUGAGUAGAACAUAGCAGUGCACAUCUAAUAGAUAGUAGAAUAGCUAGCUAGCUGGAUUGCUACUCCUUUUGGUUCUUGUCCACUCUGUUUACAAGAACUUAAAGAAUUGGACUCCGACUAUUCUACACUGGUUAUUACUGUCAACAGUUUUCCAGAAGCUUUCACAGACUGUUAAAUAUGGCAGCAGUGGUCAACUAUUCCCCACCAUGGUGGGUGAACCUGCUGCACAGACUGCCCCACUUUAACCUGCAAUUCGAACAGACAAGCAGUGACUUUCGCCCCGAGGACUCAGCAUAUCAACAGUCCAUCCUGCUCCUGGGAGGAGUGGCCCUCGCUUGCCUGGCCCUGGACCUGCUCUUCCUCCUCUUCUACUCCUUCUGGCUGUGCUGCAGGCGGAGGAAGAGCGAGGAGCAGCCCAACGCAGACUGCUGCUGCACGGCCUGGUGUGUCAUCAUCGCCACGCUGGUCUGCAGCGCCGGCAUUGCUGUGGGUUUCUAUGGGAACGGCGAGACGUGCGAUGGAGUGAACCGGCUGACGUAUUCUCUCCGCCACGCCAACCGCACCAUGGCAGGCAUAGGGAAACUGGUAACGGACAGCACGACCUCCCUGAACCAGACGGUGGACGACAGCCUGCUGCAGCUGGAGGGCCAGUACGCCUCACACACAGACUACCUGUCCAUCGUUCAGAAGCUGCAGGGCCAGCUGGACGAGCUGGUCCGACAGAUGGUGGAGAUCCCCUUCUGGGGCAACGCUAAGGUCUCCCUCGAGGCGCUGGCUGUGCAGAUCGAGCUGUAUGACUGGUACAGGUGGCAGGGCUACUUGGGUCUGCUGCUCUUCGACGUCCUCAUCUGCCUGCUGGUGCUGUUUGGCCUCAUUCGCAACUCCAAGGCACUGCUGAUUGGGGUGUGUUUGCUGGGCGUGCUGGCUCUUGUCAUCAGCUGGGGAACCCUAGGCCUGGAGCUGGCUGUUUCUGCGACGGCCAGUGACUUCUGUGUGGCUCCUGACAUGUUUGUCACUGAAGUGACAGAGAAAUAUGGACUGAUCAAUAAAGAUAUCCUGCAGUACUAUCUGAGAUGCAGCGUGGGUCAGAUCAACCCCUUCCAGCAGAAGCUCUCGGGGAGCCACAAGGCCUUGGUGGAGAUGCAAGAUGAUGUGUCUGAACUCCUCCGCUCGGCCACCAGAGAAUACCCUCAAACCAAGGGGAAUCUGGAGCAGAUCCAGGGGGUGCUGAACAGCACGGAGAUCGGCCUGCACCAGCUCACCGCCUUGGUGGACUGUCGCAGCCUGCACAUGGACUUGGUCCAGGCCAUGACAGGCCUGUGUUACGACGGGCUGGAGGGCCUCAUCUACCUGGUGCUGUUCUCCUUCAUCACAGCCCUCAUGUUCAGCUCCAUCAUCUGCAGUGUGCCCCACACAUGGCACGGCAAGAGGACCGAGGAGGACAGCGAGGAGGAGUCCAUGGCCCACGGAGGCCGUCAGAACCACGACAACCUGUACCGGGUGCACAUGCCCAGCCUGUAUAGCUGUGGCAGCAGCUACGGCAGCGAGACCAGCAUCCCCGCCGCCACGCACACCGUCAGCAACGCCCCCGUCACCGAGUACAUGACCCAGAAUGCCAACUUCCAGAACCCCCGCUGUGAGAACACUCCCCUGAUUGGGCGGGAGUCCCCCCCUCCCUCGUACACUUCCAGCAUGAGGGCCAAGUACCUGGCCAACAGCCGCCCUGACCCCAGCCGCCCUGACCCCAGCAACCCCUCCACACACUGAGACCCUGGGGAACUUCAGCCACCCACAGACCAGCAACAUGGAACCACUCUGCCCCUGGAUCCCCCCCCCCCCCCCCCCCCCCCUUUAAAACCCGCCUUUGUGACAUCACAGCAUCCCUCCUCCAAUCCACUGCCUAGAUCUGCUUUUCUCUUUACCACUGGUCGUCCCCCCCCCCCCCACACCAGCUUCAACCAGACAACCAAAUCUGUCUUUGAUGUUUGUGCGUGAUAGCAGAGUUGAAACAGAACAUUUUCAUGUACUGUAAAUAGCGCUGUCGUCAUAAACGUUUUCAGAUGACUGGCCUAAGACCGGAGCAGCUCGUCACUGCGGAAGGCUGUCCCCUGACGUGAGGUUGGGAGACUGGCUGGCUACCAUCACCGCCUGGCCUCCUAGCAAAGACACCCACUCUGUGGCGCUGGGAACAGUGAAGAAGCCUGAUGGAAUCUAGGUCUUCUUCCUCAGUACACAAACACUCAUUUUGAACAUUGUAACGUUGCAUGUGUCACUAUUCUUUAUAACAACAUCACUUUUUUAUUUUUUAUUAUCGUCUGCCAACUAUGGGGUCCUGUUCAGUUUGACAUGGUUUGAUCUUGUCAAUGUUUACGCCUGCAAACCACUGUUUUGGAUGCAGUGAGAGUAGUGAAGGAGACAACUCACUGGGUUUAUUGUACGUACCCUGGACUCAAAUUCCAAUUAAUGACCUGUUUUCUUUCCAAGUUGAUUAAUUCCGAGUCUUAUUCAACAGCCGGUGAACAGUCAUUUAAACUGCCAUGGUUGAGAUGAGGACUAUGGAAGUCCCCCUUAGAUCAACUACACUAGCACUGAUUAGUAUAGGUUGGGGUCGAUGAAAUAUGUUGCAAAGUACUGUACUCUUCUAUUACUGUGGGGAUGGUGUAAGAAAAUGCCUUACACAAAGCUAGGGAAAGGCAGAGGAACCUACUGUUCCCUAUCACUUUAAAACCAACUGGAAUAGUAAGGUAUGCUCCAAGCACUGUUCCUCAAGGGAUGGUUGUACCACAACAAAACUAUCAGAUGUGGUCUAUCAGACCACGUCCAGUGUUUACGAAGCGUUCCGUGGGUUGACUGCUGCCGCUGCAGCAUCGCGGUUCCUCAUGUCCUCCUGCUCUCUGGAAGAUCUGGGACACAGCCGGUAGAGUACCUGCUCGGUGACAACACGGCUAUGAGUAGCCUUCUCCACUCUCUUGUUAUGCAUCGUGUCUGAAUUGAAUCAUAUCACUUGGAUACACUUUCUACAUUGCACACCGGUCUGUCAUCUACCCUGACAGAUGUUUGCUUGUCAUCAUGUUUUUGUCUUCAGUCAGUCUGACUGUAUGUGGGACCAGUAAUCUUUUAGCAUAGCAAAGCCUUACAGGGUUGUGACUUGUAGUGGCUGGGACCUCUAAACCCAUGUACUAGUUAGAUCUCUCCCUGUGACUGUCUCUCCUCCGGGAGACAUUAUACUAUUGCAGUUGUUACGCCAUCAUUCCACAUGAUUUACUGCAUGGAUUUUUAACUGGAGCGAUUGCGGUGAAACUGGAGCUGGUUUGCAAUUCAAGUGUCUGCUUUUGGAUGAUGUGAAGUGAAGAGAGAGAAGGUGGCCUCCAUGGUGACUCCCUGGCCCCCUGCUGAAUACCACAAGCCGCUCAGGACUGGGAACUUCCCUUCCAGGAUGAAUUUUAGACACGGGGCUUAUAUGAUGGACCAAUUCCUCUCAUUUCGAGACUUGUUUGUUUUUUGGGGGGGGACAGACAAAGGACACUUUCUUUCUUUUUUUUACCGAUGGAAGCACAAACCUUUCUGUAUACGAGCGAGGUAUGGUUCCUGAUUACUUAGACGCUGAAC